AUGCUGGUCGGCUAUGUAUAUCGGCGAUUGCUAAAAUCAAUAUCACCUCGAUACUUCUUAGUAAAUAUACGCACAUUCUCUAUAUACACAGACGAACUUCCACAAGCUGUAAAAAGUGGAAGAAUCACGCAUUACGAUGUACUUCAAGUACCUAGAAAUGCCAACACUCAUGAAAUUAAACAGGCAUAUCUAAAAUUGGUGAAGAUACAUCACCCAGAUGCAAACAUACAUAAAUGCAGCCCUGCAGUUUUCAUUGCUAUCAAAGAUGCACAUGACAUUUUAACCGACACGUCUCGGAGGAAGACAUACGAUAUAAGUCUAACCUCGACACCACAACAACAGAAAGUGACACCUACCGUGAGACCUAGAGCAGCACAGGGAGCAGGCUAUGAAUAUAUGGAUGAAGAAGCAUAUGAUCAACAACGAUGGGAAAGGUAUAGUCGAUAUGUGAGAGGCGAGCGAGCUGACGAUGAUGACCGAUAUUUAUCCUUUAAAACGAUGUGCGCAUUGUCCAUAUCAGCAGCGACAGUAUUCGGCAUGACACUAUUCGCAAAUGAGAUGUUUAACCGGUUCAAAGAUAUCGGCACUGAAGAUGAUGAUGAUGAUUUGUACAUAUCAGAUAUGCAGCAACAACGCUUGGUUAAAGCAUACUACAACCCAGUAUCAAAAAAAUGGGAAAGGAUACUGGAUCCCUUUGUGGCACCUUCGCCAUCAGUGCUACUGCAACACUACCGUGAUGCAGAACAUGACGAAAUUGAUGACCAGGCUUUUGAGAAAGCUUUACCGAAGCAAGAAUUCAUUGUAUUAGACAUGCCGUUCAGUCAAACGCAUAGACCGACAUUACUUUGGGAUAAACGCUCUAGCCAGGUGGUAGUAUUCCGAGAGUAG